CUCACGCUCGCACGCGACGGGUCCAGCGCGCAAAUGAGCUCGUCGAAACGAGAAAGUACAAGCCUUCAAUCCUUUUCCUCCUCAUCCACCUACCAUCGGCCCGCAUAGCCCUCCAUCUCAGAGCAUCGCAAUUUUUGUGCUAGCAAGACGAGUCACGAUAUCCAUACUACAGCGCUGGGCUCAAGCAACGUGUAAGGGGAUACAGCAUCUCGAUGCCAAAGGCCAAACAUAGCAAGCCUCUCAAACGCAGCUACGUUAGCUAUACAACACCACUGAAAGAUAAAGUGUCUCAGGCUGUCAUGAGAAAAGCAGCUCUCAAGGAGAGAAAGAUCAGCUCUCUCAGUGUUGAUCUUUCAGCGACGUUGAGACACUACCGUACAGAGUACGAAGCCAAGAAUUUAUCAUCAGCGGACCUGCAGUCAUUAAGCGAGGAGGAGAUAUACGCAAUGACGCGUGCAAACACACGGGCUAACGCACAGGAGAAACAUUCCUCUGGAGCUAUACGUGCGUUUAGAAAGGCGUGUCGUGAUGCCGUCAAAUCAAGAGAGCAAAGAACAUAGUCUCCUACUUUUGUGAUGCUCAUUGAAUCCUAUUCUUGACACACCACUCAGUCUAUAGUCGCCUUUGUUGAAUCUAACGGAUGAACGAUCUAUUUCAACCUUCCUUACAUUCCUAUUAGUACUACAUUAUCACCAUGAUUUCCUUACCGUUGACCCAUGCUAGCCUCUAUGCUCAUCAAAUAAUUACUACUUUCAC